CUUGCCCUCUUGCACAUGCGCAGUGCGCGGGCCGGAGGCAGCGUUUUGUACCGGACUGGUAACAGGCCGGGAGGAGGUUAGCUGCCUGUUGGGACUCAUGAUAGUCGGCAAGAGGAAUAAGUGCCUUUGGAGAGGUUUUACACAGCCUUGAAUUACAUUAAUAAACAUAUCGCAUGCUAAUUGCGGAAAUGUCUAGAAGGGGGAAAGUAUCGGAAGGUUACAGAACUCCAAAUUACGCUGAUGAAGAAGCAGUCGACUUUAGAUCAAAACUUGUGAUGGAUUUAUGGCAUGAACAACAUAGAGAUUUACCAUAUAUUCUUAAUCAAAGAGUGCUGAGGCAACCUAUGUAUGGUUUAGAUUUUGAAAGGUAUGAUGAUGAUGAUUAUGACAAUAGUGAUGACGACAGCGAUGACUAUUAUAAUCCUGCAGACUAUAGUCAAACACCAUACUGUGGAUUUAAGAAACAUUUUUUGACCACAGCAAGCAGCUUUGAUAACCAUACAAAUUACAGAUAUCUAGGAGGUUUCUCCACCGAGGAAGCAGAAAAAAAUGCUAAAGAAUUAAUAGAAGAAGAAGAAAGAGUUAAACAAAAAGCUGAAAAGAAAAAGCUUAAAAGAAUGGUGAGUACAUUCAUAAGUCAAGAUGGAUGCAGAAUGAUUCUGUUCUCUGGAUUCAUUUCAAUUUGUGUUAAAUCUUUUUUUUUCUUAUGGCAUUUUGCGCAGGCAAACUCUCAGAAAGAAGCAUCAUCUAAGAAGCUCAAUAGCACUGUCAGUGAAGAAGAAAAUAAGUCUAAUAAAGAUAUAUCCCCUGAAAAAGAGUAUGCUUCAACACCAUCAGACCAAAAGAAAAAUAAAGGUGUAAUUAGUACUGAAAAUAGCGAGGAAGAUGAGAGCCAAGAAGACAGCUCAAAAAGUGAAUCAGAGGACGAGCUGGACAUGAAUAGUUGUUUUGUGACUAAAGCUGCUAGCAUUGCUCAACGUAAAAUGGAUAAAAAGCCUAAGCCAGAGAAGAAAGAAAAAAAGAAAUGUUCUCCAAAUAGAUCAGAUAGGAAGUCGGAGGUGGAACUGAAUACCCAGCAAAAGAAUGGUGCAGAAAAUAGUGAUAAGGACAUUAUAAUGAAGAGUAUGGAGUUAGCAGUGAUUGGAAAUCAGUUGGCUAAUUCAGGCCGCUUUGAAGUUGCUGUGAAGUAUUUUACGGAUGCAAUUAAAUAUAAUCCAAAAGAGUUUAGAAUCUUUGGCAAUCGCUCUUUCUGUUAUGAGAAGAUGCAAGAAUAUGAUAAAGCGCUCAGUGAUGCAGAGAUUUCUCUCAGCAUGAACCCUAAGUGGACUAAAGGCUUGUACAGGAAAGGCAGGGCUCUGGCUGGUUUGAAGAGGUACAUUGAGGCUGCACAAGCAUUUAAAGAAGUGUUAAAGCUGGACAGUUCCUGUACCGAUGCAGCCCAGGAGCUGAUGAGAGUUCAGAUCACACAAUUGAUGGACAUGGGGUUUACUCGAGAACAAAGUUCAAAUGCUUUAAUAAUACAUGGGACAUUUGAAAAAGCCUUGGAUGCACUGUCCAGUAUUCAUGAUGUGAAAGUGUAUGAUACCCAGCCUGAUGCUGGGAGCAGUCCGGCUGCUGAAGAGGACUGGAUUGUGCCAAAGGCGAAAAAACCUCACGCUGCUGCCAAACCUGUCCUGCAAACGCAUCCACAGCCCAAACCCAGCCUCCCGCAGAAGAGCUUAAAGGGCCCAGAACAGCAGCCCUUGGAACUUGUAGCCGUAUGGGUUGGAAACGUGACCCCUUCAGUGACAGAGAAGAUGCUUCAGCAAUUAUUUAGCAGUGCUGGUGAAAUUCACAGCAUGCGGGUGUUGUAUGGUAAGCGCUGUGCCUUUAUCAACUAUACAAAGAAGGAAUCUGCUGAAAGAGCGAUCUUGGCAAUGCAGGGGAAAGACAUUGAUGGAUCCAAACUUAUAGUCCGUUACCCUGAUCACGUUUAUAAACAUAUUGCAUUGGCAAAAACUUCUAAAGCUUCUUCUGACCAACCAGCUAAACCUGCUAAUCAACAGAAAGCAAAUGGUGAAUGUGUUUACUGGAGGACCGGUGGGUGCACAAAGAGAGAAAAGUGCAUCUUCAAACACAUCCCUGAGCACAAGGGGAUAGACGGCCCGAAGAAAUCGAGUGCAGCAUCCUGAGCAGCUGUCUUUGACCUUUGGCCUUGGACCCGGGGACUCGACCACCGCUUCAGUAUUCUGCGAUGUGAAUAAAUGGGUUUACUAGCGUGGAAUGGGGCUGCGUUUAUUUUUUUUAUAAAAACAGAAGGAUUAAGUUAUAAACCAUGUGAAGCCCGUUCCUGUGUUUUCUUUUGCUCAUUGAAUAAUGUCAAUUGAAAUUGAAAUUUAUGCUCGGGCAAAAACUAGAAUUCAUGAUUAUGGCAGAUAACAGCACACAAGUUCCGUACACAACCUCUUAACUUCUGAAGUUCCCUUUGUAGGUAAAAUUGUCUCAGCAUCUCGUUUUUCAUUGUUUUGUAAAUUUUGUGAAGAUGUAAGGGAGAAAAAAAGUAACGUUUUAUUUCAGUCUGUUAUCUAUAAUUCAUAUUCUUAACUUUUUAAUGUUAAGGUAUGACUGUUAAAGUAUUAAUCAAAGAAAUGAGAGAGUUUAUUUUUUAAGGUUUAUUUUUUAAGUAAUUCACAUGAAAGGAUGCAUGAAUUAAACAUUUUCAACUGAAGAGUAAGGAGGGCUUUGAAGCUGUUGUCCAUAUUUAUGUUAUAGUAUAAAUAGAAUUGCAGAUGUCCCUCUUAUUGCUGCCAAAUUUGAAUACAAAGGGACUGUUUUUAAUAUGAAUUCAGCUAUUUUGAAAAGAUCUAUAAAUUUACUAGCUGGUUCUUUUAACAUUCUUGACUAUGUUAUUGCAAGUUUUAUUUGUGAUGGAUGUCUGUUCAGGCAUACAUUUGAUCUUAAAAGAAACAAUUUAUCUCCAUGAGCCAAGUAUUCGAUUCAGUUGCAUAUCUGUUAUUGAAUGAAACACAUGGCACUGAGACUUUCCUAAUGAGCCUGAAAAGGAAGAGCAACAUUAUAAAUUUCCAGUGUGCUCUAAGGAUUGUUUUUAAUGAUUAGUGUUGGAGUAUAGCAGUUUAAUGAUAAUCAUUCUGGCUUAUGAGUUAUAGCCCAUGACUGGAUUGUUUUGAAUAAUGGUAGUGACUAUCUUUUUUUACUUAACAUUUCUUUUCACUAGUAAUUUACCUGUCACCUAACGGUAAAUGCUCUACAACAAAUCUGCUUACAGUUUCAGUUUAAUUAUAUUUUGCAAACUAGUAUAUAACAUUUUGUUCAUGAAUUUAACCGUGGGUGAUGUCACUGAAGAAACUGCCAGUUUUAAGUACCUUGCAUAGAAUCUCAAGAGUUACAACAGGUAUGAAGUACAUAAGCCUUUUGUUUUCUUUGGUAUAAUUAGAAAAAAACAAAACAAAAAACAAAUCUUUAAGUAAUGUACAUCCAAAAACAAAAAAAGUGUAAUGCCACACUUUUGCAAACUGCUUUCUAAGUAUUUUCAAUUCCAUUGAUUUGUACCCCUAUAUGAAUAUUUGUUACCAACUAAACUGGAAACUGUUUUCAACAGCUUGGUAAUUCUUCUUUUAAAAUCUAUUUUACCUAUUUUGAUGUAUUACAGUAGCCGUAUUCUGGUCUGCCUGCAUUCAGACUGUUUCAUAAAUCUGAAUCUAAUUACGAAACAGAGAACAGUCUUUAUUUUUAGAUCUGAAAUUCAGACCUGUUCAACUGGUUGGUUUGCUGAUUGUUGGGGUAUAGUACUUAUGAGAUUAUAGAAUACUUAUGUACAGGAUGUAAAUCAAAUGAAGGGGUUUCUUAAAGUUUGUGAAAAUCUGUGUGUUCUCCUGAUGUAGAAAAUGUAAGAAGAAAAAAUUGCAUAAACCGAUACUGUCAAUAAAAUCACUCAUGGUUGUUUUCUUUUCCCCAAAGAUUAUUUAUGAUCCUAGGUUAUGUGCAUAAGCAAUCUCAACUAGGAUAAAUGAAUCUAAGGAAAUUAUUUCCCCCUCAGUUUGUCAGCUGUUGCAUUAGCAGAUGGUGGGAGGUUUUUUUUUUAAGUGUAAUGAAAGAGGCCUGUUUUUUCCAGUUAUUGCUGUACCAAAAAAUGUUAUAUUUUAUAUAAAAUAUUUGAUCUGUGCCAUUAAAUUGAAUGAGUCAGCA